UGCAUGACAUCAGCAGCAUCAAGGACGAGGUGUGGGACUCUCCGCUGACCCCUAGUUCGGCCAGGAACAUCGGUGAAGAGGAAAGAAGAGGACAGCUGGCCCCAGAUUGGUUCUCCUCGGUCCAUCUGGGAGAGAGGACAUCAUCCGGAGCGUGGAGUAUGCCAGCGAGAUGGAGGAGAGGUUCCCCGAACUCCUGGUGGGCCUGGUCAACAAGAUCCUCACCGGCCUGCAGAACACCACCGAGGGAGUCGGGAACCGAGACAGCCAAGACCUGCCUCCUGAGGAGACCGCGCAGAUUGUCCGAACCCUGCUGGAGAGGGUGGCACAGGUGACCCCGGAGAAGACCUGCUGGGAAUCCCUGUGCUCUCUGCAGAGCUGCCUCCAGGGUGUGGCCUUCUUGGUGAGGGCUCUCCUCCAGACACCAUCCUCCACAGUGGCCAGGCUGAAGGCAUACCUGGCUUCCCUCUUCAGCCUCGAUAAAGAUCCAGAAGAGCAUUCCCUCACAGAGGUGUCCUUCUUUGUGGAGCUGCUCCUGAAAGACCAAGACUUUGCUGCCUUAGAGAAGACCUGGACGCUCCUGGUAGCGUGGCUAGUCCACCCCAGCCAGAACAUCCGCUACCUGAGCGAAAGGGGUCUUCUCCACAUUUAUGGAAAGCUGAAGGCGGCGAAGAAACCCCAGGAUUUUAGUGCCGGGAUCCUGGGAGGGCUCAGGACCUCCAGUCUGGAAGCCACUUUGGGGGUCCUGGCCUUCAUGGAGCGGCUGAGGCACUGUCCAUCAGAACACCAGGCCACGGUGAAUGCUGUCCUGGCUGCCCUGUGCCGCCCUCUCUUCCACCACGAGGAGGCUAAGAUCCAAAGGGCAGCCAUGAGGACCCACCUGGAUCUCCUGCAGCACCGCCACCACCAUCAUGAGGGUACAGAGGAGAACAUCACGACCCUCAUCGUGGUUCUGAUGCAUGUGGAGGAUGAAGACCUGGAGGUAGCACAGGCUGCGAAGGACAAUCUGAGCCUCCUGGCGGAAGCCCUCCUAUGGCACCUGGAGGGCAAGCUGCUGGCGCGGGACUCUUACAGCCUGCAGGAGCUGCUCCACAAGAUCGCCAAGCGUCUGAUUCGGCAGCUCGGCACAGAGGAUGCCGUGGAGAUGGAGGCCACCAAUAUCCUGGGCUUCUUCUGCAGCGAGCAGCCUUCAGUGAGGAGAACGGCUGCCCUGCUGAUCGGUCACCUGGUCCACAAAAAGGGCAGCAUCCUCACUGAAGGGAACAUAGAGACCUUCCAUGCUGCGCUGGAGAGCUUGCUUGGCGACCAUGACCCCGAGGUCGGGAGAGUUGCCUGCAAGACAGAGAAGAUCGUGAAGAAGGCCUUUUCCCUCCACUCCUGGCACGGGCUGCGGGCUGCCGUUCGGCGCUUGUGGGCGGGCUGUAAGAAGAAGAGACACCCGCCAGAGUACGGUGAUCUCUCCACCUGACCGACUGGAACAACAGCCCCGUGCUCUCCCCUUGAAGAUCAGCAGCUGAAGGGAGGUUCAGGAAAGACCGUGCAGCGCAGGGGCCUCCCAGAAGACCUCCUCCAAUCGCGUGGACACAAGAUCUGUCCACAAGAAGACAUCCAGCAGGGAAGUGCAGUUCUGUCUGAGGAGUGAGGGGGAAGCAGGCUCCACUCCCCUGGCCCAAGGAAGCCCCGCCCCUGGGGUGCAGAAGCCCCUCCCCUGCUUCUGCUGGCAGGCUGUGGGAGGAGGCUACAGGACCACCCUGCCCCCAAGUGGCCCUUUGGAACCAUUCUUGGGCUUCCCUUGGGUCCGGGGAGGCUGUGUGGCCCCAGCAGGAGGGCAAGGUCACCGCCUCCCUCCAUUCCCACCAGCUGGCCAUGGAGCACCCCCUCCUCCUUCCACCUUUCUCCCCUUCCCCAGCGGCCUGGCUUCCCCUGGCAGGGGAAGCCCCAUCCAGGCAUCCGCCCCCUCCCCUGCCGAGGGUGUGCUCCUCCCCACCUCCACUCCCGCAGCCACGCCUCACUCCCCCCUCCGCUCCCUCCUCCUUCCUCCCAAACCGGUGCAGCAGCAGAGGAGCCUGGGAGACUCUGGGGGCCCCCUGCAGCCCCAGUAGCGCCCCCUGGUGCUGCCCGGUGGCAGGCCAGAGAAUCCUCCUCUCCCUCCUGCUCCAUGCUGUGGCUGCACAGUGGGGAGCCCGAAUUCUCUGGCUUGCCCCCCCAUCAACCCCCACCCCACUGCCCAAUCCCCACUUGCUGGGCUGCCGGAGUGGAAAGGGAGGAGGAGCAGGGCAACCCCACUGACGCUGCUUUGUGCUUCUUGCAGGCUUGUGCUGCUGCUGGGAGGCUGGAGGAGUCGAUCCGCCCCAGAAGAGGAGACCAAGUGAACGUGCCUGCAAGGAGCGGUGGGGUGGGUGGGGCUGGCUGGGACUCCCCCCAAUUUUGUUUGCCCUGCCAUUCCCUUGUUCCGUGUGACCCUGGGCUUCCUCCCUUCCCUCCCACCCUCCCUCCCCCUCCCUCCCAGGGACAGAAUGGGCUUUGCUGGUCGCCCUGUUGGGGGCCGAGUAGGAAUUUUUGGCUUUCCAACAGAUUGGCCGAGAUGGAAAGUUUUUUUGCCUACUCCAUUCUGUCCUGUUUUGUUUCCUUUAGUUAGAAAGUUAAGUGACGACUUGUAACCUAUUUAAGUAUAUUAAUAAA